AUGGAAUCCUACUUGUGUAUCUUGCCAUUCUUUCAUAUUUGGUAUCAGAAAAAUAAAAUAAAGUCAUGUAAAUUUCAGAAACAUUGUGCAUCAAAGCCAGGAAACGAGCUGUCUGAAGAUACUUCACAAAAUAGUAACGAAGAACGUGAUACUCUUAGCAAUAGCGGUCACACCGUUGUUGUUAAACAACCAAUAAAUCCACGAAAAAGACCAAGGUCCAAUAUUAAGUGCACACUAGAACGGUCUGACAUUAAAGCAGCCGUGAAUGAACUUAAAGAACUAAGUAACAGUUUAACAAUGUCUAUUCCUAGUGCAUCAGAAGAUGAAUUUGAUGUGAUUGGAAGACAUGUAACACUCCAACUUAGACAGUUACCGCCGAUCGAUAGAAUAGACAUGCGACGGAUGAAAUACAGGCAAUACUCUCUAAAUACCGUAAGAAAACUUUCAUUUAUUGCAGCACACACUUCUUGUACUAUUCGUGUUAUGGAUGCUUUUGAAACUCUGAACAUUACUGACAACAAUCUGCAUGCUAUCCCAAACGAAAGCUAUACUAAAGUUAUUUUCAACUUCAAUCUUGCAGCUAAGUGUAACAAUCGUUUAAGACCAGGCUAA